AUGAACGAUCGUGAAAUCUUGGACGACAUUUCCCACCGUCGGUAUAAUCCGCUUCGUGGAUCAUGGAUUCUCGUUUCACCGCAUCGUACGAAGCGGCCGUGGCAGGGUCAGAAGGAAACCCCCUCUGAAUCGUCGCUUCCGGCUUUCGAUUCUUCUUGCUAUUUAUGUCCUGGAAAUCCCCGGGCAGCGGGCGACACCAAUCCGGCAUACUCGGAAACAUUCACUUUCGUCAACGACUAUAGUGCCGUGAAAGAAGAUCAGCCAGACUAUGUUCAACCAGAAUCCGAAGGCAAGCUCGCCCUUCUGCAAGCCACCGGUGUUCGAGGCAAAUGCUACGUAAUAUGCUUCAACCCAUCCCACAACCUCACCCUGGCAGACAUCCCGGCCGGGAUGAUAGUCCCAAUCAUCAAAACCUGGACGGCACUCUACGCAUCCCACCUCCCCAAAUCAUCCCCACACUACCGGGUACCAGCGGCAGAGCUCGGGAUCACGGUCCCUAGAGACCAGUAUACCUACAUGCAAAUAUUCGAGAACAAAGGUGCAGCUAUGGGCUGCUCGAAUCCGCAUCCCCAUGGUCAAGUCUGGACGACCACUUGCGUCCCCGAGGAACCCAGUCUGGAGAUUCAGAAUAUGAAGGAGUACAAGCGCAAGCAUGGGACUGGGCUGUUGAAAGAUUAUGUGGAUCUUGAGAUUGCAAAGAUGGAGAGGGUUGUGGCGCUCAAUGACCAUUUUGCAGUUCUGUGCCCUUGGUGGGCUGUAUGGCCGUUCGAGACCAUGAUCAUUUGCAGGAGAGAGGUGCGCAGCCUUCCGGAAUUGACAGAGGAGGAGCAGGUUGGGCUCGCGGGUGUUAUUUCUAUUAUCACGAAGAAGUACGAUAAUUUGUUUGAGACGAACUUCCCUUAUAGCAUGGGAGUACAUCAGGCACCACUUGACAGCGACCCGGAAGACCGUGAGGUAUGUCACCUGCACCUGCACUUCGUCCCCCCACUGCUCCGUAGCGCUGCAGUGAGGAAAUUCCUCGUUGGAUACGAGCUCAUGGCCGAGCCACAACGCGAUAUCACCCCAGAACAAGCAGCAGAGAGGCUGCGGAAUCUCAGGGGCGAUGCGGUUUAUAGGGGGAAACUGACGCAGAGUACUGAAUCCUGAACUCUCGACGGGGGACUUGACCACUAUUAUUUCUAGAUUUUAGGGGGUUUCUUUUUGUUUUCGUCCAGUGAGUUUUUCUGGCACCACGCUACACCUCGCUAGCAUUUGCCAUGACAUCCAUAGACGACCGGAUGGGGGCGGGUGACAAUCAAAUUAUUUUUUACUAUUGAUGAAGUACUAGUACAGUACAUUCAGAGCGGUUGAUUGCUCAGCCAGGUGGGAUAAGUGUGGUGUUAUUUCUGUCCCGACUGUGGAUAUAACAUAUAUCACUACACCCUUCUCUAAAAUUCAGUUUACUUCCACUUCAGCUAUGCUUGUGGAACUUAAUGCCUCGAGCUGCGUUCUCCCAACUCUAGGAGAAUUUCCAUCAUAACAGGCCAUUAGCACAGUACAGCACUGAGGAAUGCCAAAUCUACCACUUAACCUAGUUGCGAUAUGCUCAUAUGAUGUUCCCGCACCUCAACCUUCCUAUUAUCGAGAUCUAUACAACAUGUGGACCGCUAUAGGGCUGUCUAGUAAUCCUUUACGUUAAAGAAUCGCUUGCUCGAAGGUCACAAGAAAAUAACACUCUAUCUCUAGUCCAUGCCUCGAGCCAGACAUCACCCUUUCGACCUGUAUAAAUGGUUUUCUAUCACAUUAUCACAGAAACCCACACUCUACAUCACCCAUUAAAAGCACAUACUAACGUUAGCACUACUCAAUGAAGGUGACAAUCUAUGAUUCGCGCAUUCUCACUCAAGUUCGACUCGGAACAUUUUGAUAUCAUAACUCCCCUCGACGAUGCCCAGAACACCCGUAUGCCAGUCUUAUCUGAUCUUGGGCGGAGAAUUUCAGAUAGUAAAUGGGGGAUCUAUCAGGGCCGAGUUACGAAGGCUGAAAGGAUGUCUUUGCAUGAUAUUACUUUGCAAGCCACUCUUUGGAUUCAGUACAUAUCCUAUUUUUAGUGAUUACGUGCAAGGUAUCUCCACCGCGAGUUCGAGUGCUCCCGGACGCAUCGGAGCUUUCGGUGUUCUCCAGGUGUAGUACUUUCCUCUCCUGGGGGAAAUACCCGUACCUUCUAAUUCCUGGUUUUAUUCUUUUGUACCUAACUUAGCUAGAUUCUAUUCGCACCGAUUCGUGAUGUGGACUUUCUUCCGGUUGGGGGGGUUCGCAUAACAUCCGUCCGGCGGUUUGGCUUCGGGUCUACUGUACCAGGCAGUUCGAUUGAGCUAGUAGGGUAGGGCAAGGUCUUUUGUCCGCGGUUUUUAACCUUCUGCCUAUCUGGUGGGGAUCGAGGGGGAGAUAAAUAGCGCAGCGGUAGAGGGUAGAGUGAGAGGACUUUUUUUGGGACUUGUGCACUAAGAAAGACGGAUAUGGUUGUAUAGAUAAAGCAUGAUCAAAGCGUCCUGAUCCUUCCAUAGAUCACCGCACAUAUGAUAUCUCUUGUCUGCAAA